CUGGAAAUCAAACCUCGACCACUAUGCAGAGAUUAAAGGCCUCAGGAACUUCGAUUGUAAGCUCGAUUUCAGCAGCUAGGUUGAAGAGGAAGGCCGUCAAUUCAUGGACGGCCGUUCAGGAUACUUUCUAUUCCACCAAGAAUGUAUUCGAAAGGCACAGGGUGGUUUUUACAGUAGGGACUUCUAUUGCUUCAGUUGCAACUGCCUGGUUUGGGUACUCUUUACGCCACUAUCAUAACAUCCAAGUUGACAGACGGCUCGAAUCUAUUGAGGAAGCUAUGAGAAACACACAUCAACUUGAGCAUUCUGAACUUGCAAAGGUGGUUAAUCCUGGACAUAUCAGCGUGCCUGCUUGCUUUGCGAAUGCUGGAACUACCUUGAUUAUUGGAUAUUGCUUGGGAUGGCGAGGUGGAAAACGGUAUGCGGGCAAGCAAUUGAGAAGAGAGCAGAUGAAGUUGCUAGGGGAGAUAAAACCCAGAUGGCAAUUUCUCACGAGGCUAAAACCUAAAGAGCUGACCUUUCCAUUUAAGAGAUCAUCGGGCAAACCUGGGGUGCAAGAAAGUGGCAACCAAAAUACGGAACAAAACUCCAAAAGACGCUGCAGCACAAGAACAUCAGGGAGCUAGCUGUUCAGCGAUGUUUGGCCUGAGACUGAAGUGACUCUGUGCUGCAACGAAAGGAUCGCGAUCGACAUCAUCGUUAGCUGCACGGUAACACUUUUUCCUUUUGGAUGGCAGGAAGAGGUCUUCACAGAAAAUGGCACAUGGAGGUGAAGCCGACGUCUCGUGUUCUUCGCCUUUCUUACGGUGUGAGGAAACCAAGAUUUCCUUGAGCUUCCUGAAACAUUUCACAAGCUCCUUCAUCCUCACCAAGCUGCCUGGUUGGCUUGUCUGGUUGGAGCCUCUUAUACCUUGAGUGCCAAUCACUGAAUCACACAUAACUUAUGGUGGUGCUUAUGCUUAUUUUAUGGAAGCCUCAAGUGUGCUUUUAUGUAUGCCUCCUCUAAAGUAGUUACUUCAUGCAUAGGUCGGCGCCGUCCUUGCCUUGCUUUCUUUUGUAUGGAACUCGGAGAGUAGUUUAUAAAAUUAGUAGUCCCGUCCUUGCCUUGCUUUCUUUUGUAUGGAACUCGGAGAGUAGUUUAUAAAAUUAGUAGUCCCGUCCUUGCCUUGCUUUCUUUUGUAUGGAACUCGGAGAGUAGUUUAUAAAAUUAGUAGUCCCGUCCUUGCCUUGCUUUCUUUUGUAUGGAACUCGGAGAGUAGUUUAUAAAAUUAGUAGUCCCGUCCUUGCCUUG